CAGCGGCAGAGGCGCCGAGGACGCGUCGCCCCGCGGCGGAGCGGAGGCAGGGUCCAGGCAGCGAGACCUGGCGGCGGGGAGGCAGGGCAGCGGAGGCCGAGCGCCGAGGCCGCGGUAGUGUGUGUGCAGCUCCCGCCACAGUGAGUCAGGCUGGCCCGCGGUCCCGCCACGCGCGCAUGGUCCCCCACGUUGCUCCUGCCGACGGGACGCACCUGUCUCUCCCGCCGCCGCGGUCGCCGCCACUCCUCCGUCGGGCCUGUCGCCACCCCCCGGGCCUGGGCCUUUUCCGACGCCUCCCCACGCCCUCCUCAGGACCAUGCUUGCUCUGGAGGCUCUUAUGAACUCCCGUCACUGCCACUCUCUGUCUGUGGACGCGCGGCGAAACGUCGGUCCUUCGCCUGCCUCCUCCACCGCGGCCGCUAGCAAGUUCCCCCCCGCGCCCAAAUAGCUCCGCGACGAGUGAAUCUUGGCGAAAACAACAAUAGUAAUAACACUAGAAACUUUUUUUUUUUUUUGGUCGACAAGCACCGUUACCAUGAAGCAAGACUUGCAGAGUGUGUGCCGCGUCUCCAUGACAAUCUAUGUGUGCAUAUGGGCGGUCGGAAGCGCGUCCGGCAUGGCAGCGGAGGGCCCAGUCGUCAUCAACACCCCGAGCGGAAAGCUGAGGGGCGAGACCUUCAUCCUUGCCGACGGAUCCAGGGGCAUGAGGUUCCUCGGGGUGCCCUACGCCCUUCCCCCCACGGGCAGCCUGCGCUUCGCCG